AUGGAGGAAGUGUUGUCUAAUUUAGCGCACGACGCCACGUCAAGUAAAGCAAAGAACCUACGAGACGCGUGUAUUUCGGCGACGGGUAAGCUACGUGCAAUUUGAAGAAAGUCGCCAACGAUUCGCUACGAAAAACUCGCUGAUUUAUUGAGUUUUUGGAUUUUUCAGAUGCGCUUUUCAUCAAUCGAAAUGGGACACGUAAACUCCAGCCCCAUGAGCUUCGGUAAGUCCCAGAGAAUAGACGUUUUUUUUUCUAUAAAACGGCUUUAACUGGUAGGAAAUGGAUACCACUAUUUUAUCAAAUUGCAUGUAAAUAUCACUGACUUCUUUCUUCUCAGGGAAAAGUGUUUUCUACCGCUCAAACUGGCGCUAGAGUCGAGGUCGAGCAAGUUUUCGCUCCACGCUGUAAAUGGAUUGCAGGUUAGUGGAUGCUUAGCGGUUUUUUUCGCGGCCAAUUUAUGUAGAAACGUUUAUUUUGCACGGUCAAUGGAUGGAUGGACUUGAUUAAUUAAUGAGCGAAUUUUAUGAAAGGAGUUAAAAAUCAAAGCAAUUCUACGGAUGAUAAAAUCAAAUCGUUCUUAAAAUGAAAUCGCCAUACUGUAAAAAAAAAAAAAGUACUUUAAUUACGAUCACAACGCCGAAUUAUUCAAAGCAAAAUAACAUCUCGAAUAUUAAUCAGUUGCGUGCGAAUUAAAAAUUGCGCCUUGAUUAGAAUGGCCGAUAUCUCUAAGCUUGGCGUUUUUUCGUGAGCAAUAAAUUGCCAUAACAAAAUAGCGGUGACUGCGAUACGAAUGUAGACACAGAAAUAUGUGAAGCUAAUUAUCGUAAAGGACGUGGCCUCUCAAGCUAUUCUCCACACAAUAUCUUACUGCAUAUUAACGACAGACUCUCCUGCAACUAUUUAACCAGCUGAUUAAUUCUGAUUCAACACACUCUUUCUAUGUCUGUAUCACUUUUCGUUUGUACUUACUGAAUAAGUACAAAAAAAGGCCAUCUUCGAGGCAGAGAAUGUUCAUUAAAACAGCUUUUUUACAGCGAUCACUUUUUCUUGAAUUAUAAUUACUUCACAAGAGGGUAAAUUGGUUUUUAAUAAUUUUUAAACUUCCCUUAAAACUGUCCUUUUUACGUAUAUAAAAGAAAUUAACAGUUAUACUCUCAGAGUAGAAAGUUUUUCUUCGACAGGUAAGGGAGCAAUUUUUUGAAUGGGUUUUCAUUAGAUGUUAGCUUCUGUUAGCUUUUGACACCGUACAAGGAGUGCUUUUAAGACGCGUUUUAAAACAGGCAAAUAACUUUUAUACGUGCUAAUUACUUUCUGUAGUCAAGAAGAGACUUUUGCGAAAUAAACCUUUUAUUAAAAAUAUUCAUUUACAUUUUCUUGCCAAAGUGUUGAUGAUUUUCUCCUGAGGUAAAAUAAACUGUGGCAAAUUUCGAGAAAAAUGUAUCGUCUCCCCUCGCUUUGACUCCAUAAAUUAAUAAUUUAUCACGUCCUCGUGGAAUAGAUCAGCAGUAAACUGUCGCUAUAUUGACAUGUUAUGCUCUUUCAAACAGUUCUUGUUUACUAAGGUUGACGGAAAAAUGGACUUUAGAAAAAGCAACUUUGGUUGAAUCUAUGAAAUUUAUUGAUAAAUUGAAACUGUCGCUAGUUGUUUUGAUUUUUGAUAUUCUUGUUCGGCCUGCAAAAGUCGCGCUGCGCGUGGUACACUGUGAGAGAGGUCGAAUGAAAACAAACCUGGUCGAAUUCAAUCAUUAAAGUAAACUUUACGAGGUUUUCUUGUAAGAUACCAGAACCGAAAUUGAUUUUAAGCUUUCCUGUCGUUUUAGGACCUGCUGUUUACUGUGAACUCCAACAAGGACGAAAGCUUUGUUCUUUUGUUCAUCGAAAUCGCCGUUUAGUUCCACUGUACGCCAACCAAAUUAGUUCAAGAGCUACUUUCCUAACUCACAAAUCUAAACAAUGGAAUUACAACUCAAUAUAAUAUUCGUUAAAGGAAAAUCUUAGCGCACGCCAUGGGUAUGAGAGGGAUUUCGUCAAAGGAAAAGAUCCAAAUAACCCGGUUUUUAACACCAGUGGAUCGUAGUGUUAUUACCUGUACCUUGAACCUGUAUUUCUGGAGUUCGAAAAUCGAUUUAGGAAAAAAUAACAAAAGGCAACAAUUUCUAACACAGUGCUGUAAAUGGAACCAAAAUUUAAGACUGAAACGGCAAUGACAGAAUGUAUGCAAUAGAUUCUGCCUAUCUAACAAGGACAGAACAAUACAAAAUUUAUUUUUCGUUUAACUUUGUUGAACGAAAAACUGCUGAUACUCGAUAAUAUCGAAUAGGAUAACAUGAUGGUCGAUGUAAAUAGCGCUACGCAAAAAGCUCUCUGCUAUGGAGAAAGCUAUCCUCUUGUUUGAAAAUGUAAAUUCAAAUAACAACAGGGAAGAUUCAAGACGAGUCAGGGAGUGGUUUGCCGGGGGUCUGGCACUAACCUGUCGCCGGCUCGCCUUGGUUCCCGCUGACAAAGAAACGCUCGCACCGAAGUACCUAUAAUGAGAGCCUGCUCACAGGCUAUUGAGUAUCGUAAACCAUUGAGUAAUUACAACUGCCCAUCAGAAGCAAGAAAAAUAUCAAAAGGAACCAAUGCCCAAUUUGGCUGCCUGGCAUUUUUAACUCUUAGGUUAAAAAUAUCAAAUUAUUAACCAAUUUUGAGGGUGAAAAAAAAAAUUAAAAAAAAAAAAAAAUAAAGAAAAAAAAAACAAUCCUGAAGCGCGAGCGACUGAGACGCGUUGGUUUUAGUUUGGAAUCUUAUUAGUUGAGAGGAUGGCGCGUGUUUUUGGACCAAUGCCAUGGCGAUGUUAAGAAAACCCAAAGCAGUCACGGAUUGCUUCUCUCAAUUGAAACUUUCUCUAAACGUCCCGAUCACUUGAGCAUUAUUUUGGUCGAUUUGUUCCAUCCGGACGAUUAUAUGGAACUUAACUAUGAUAAAGUGACCGAAAACGAUUAGUAUAGGGAAUUCCUUAACCAACUCGAAAACCUUUAGCUUAGAUUUCCUUCGCAUUUGUUUUUAACAUCAGAAAAAGCAAUCCAAUUCUUUGGGGUUUAUAUUCAAAUUAAAAAGGCGGCUUAAAUCAAGUGUGUCUUAAAUCAAGGGGUAACUACCUUGAAAUUGUAGUCCAAUCUCCCACGGCAGAAGCGAUGGGAUUCUGCAAGAGACGGAUCUUGGUAAUAGAUUAUAAGACUACUGUUCUGACUCGUUUGUCAACGGUCCCGUUUCAGAGGUUAAUUUCUGAUGACCGCUUUCGGUCGGAGAAUGAAGAAGACCCUGAAAGUCAGCUUCCGGUUCAGUUUCUUGCAACAGUGGCGUCCACUCCUACACUGGCAGACGAAGUCCAGGUCGAAGUUAUGAAGGUUAGUCAACGUUUUCUGAUUCAGGUAAACUCUCUAAGAAUUUUCCUAUAUUUUUCUUACCUGAAACUCGGCGAGCUCUGAGACAGAUACUCACCAAAGUUUACGAUGUGUAAAAGUUUUGCAGUGGUAGUUAAAUGCAGAUUGGCCGCUAAAUGCGACCCCCUACGCUGAAUAUAUUAAGCUCCUAACUGACACUUGCAGUCCGUAUCUAUACCAUAAAUGGUUUCCGCAACAGUAUGUUAGUGGAGUGUCAGAGUAAAAUAGUUUCAUACCUGCAUGCAAAGGAAUGAACAAGAAACGGUGAAGAGUCCAAGAGCAUUUGACAAAUAAAUACUGCGCGUUAGAUUUGAUUUGAUAUUUUAGUUCAUAAAUCACGGAACGCUUACGAAGUGAAAAACACAACUGGAGUUAAGCUUAUCUAACAACAAAUAAAAUUUGACAUUUCCUUUUCCAAAAUAACCUCCCUAUUUCAGAUAGUAUGCAUUUGAUUUGGGCUUAUUCUGUUGUUAUUCCUCAUUAGCUGCUGCUGAUCAUAACCUGUUCCGCGUCGUGUGAAGUUCAUGGAGAAUAUCUGAUAAAACUGGCUGAGGUAAAGUGUUAGCUCUUUAACUCCCAGAAGUGAUUAACAUGAAACUUCUCCCUAUAAUAUCGCUAAAUUAUCCAGCAAACAGGUCAUGAGAAUACUCCAAAUUAUCAGGUAGAAGUUAAUAUCCUAAUCUUACGCCAAAUUCUCACAACUAAUAUACAAGGAAAUGUGUAGCAGCUAGAGGAUAGAAAUAACAGUCAGAUCUUGGGAGUUAAAGGGUUAAAGUACUUUUAGUAUUCCGAAAAGGUUUGUCUGUACUUUUAAACGGACAGUUCUAGCGUACAAUACUUACACGACCUUAAACCAAACCGCAGGUUCACUCAUGUCUCCCUAUUCGUAGAUAUGCAUCGAGACGUACACCCGUGCACAUCAAAUCGCCACCAAGACAGCUUGCAGAGCUACCCUAACACAGAUGCUUAGCUCAGUGUGUCAUCGCCUGCAGGACAGCAUAGCAACUCCUUUGGUAAGGCUUUGAUCGCCAUCAAAGUUUGCGUUUCAGUAGUGUGUAGACCGGACUGAGUGAGACAAUUUCAAAGCCGAAUGGAAUGCUCAGGUGAAAUUUAGGGCGGUUAAACUAAACUAACUGUGGAAAGGUGCAAAGGUGCCGCGGUUAGUAACUAUUCAACUAGACUGGGCUUCGGAUUUAGAGAUCUGGGUUCAACCCCUGGCCGGGUAACUGAGCUAAGUUCUUAGGCAAGACAAUUAAGUCUCACGGUGACUUUUUCUACCCAGAAAUAUAAAUAGUUUCUGAAAACGGUAACCCAAGGUAACCUGCGAAAAUCCUGAGGUUCCUGUUGUGGGCUAACAUCCCAUUUGGAAGGAGGACAUAGAAUGCGUAUAACAGUGUAUUAUAAAUCUUUUUUAGACAUCCAAAACUUCCUCGUCGGACUCCAAGAUCAUCAAACGUAAGUCAUGAUAAUUGUUCUACCAUAAAUGGCUAAACAAAACUUUAAGUUUCUAAACUAUUCACUUGUUUAUACGGAACAUCAUAUUCCUCUCCGUAACAUUUCCUAUCAUAAAGAGAAUCAAACAAGUAAGUUGGUGAUCAGUUCCUUUAUUAUAAUGACGUAAGCGUUUGAUUCGGCAGUGAUGCAGUUUAAAGAAAUCAAGUGCUGGUCACUCUUUAGUAGCAAAGGGUUUCAAAAAAAAAGAAACUCGAACCACGUUAGAAUUAUUCAAUUGCGCAUGUCUUUAGCUGCAGCUGGCGUAAAUCGACAGGGACCCGGGUAACCUGCUUAUCUUUAACUUUUUACGUGCAGACACGAAUCUUUUUUCCACGGACCAUGCCAAGUUGUUGAGCCAAGAUGUGGUGCUGUUACUGAAACACUUUUGCUUCCGACUGACCGCAGGACCUAGGUAAGGAGAUUUUCCCUUUACAGGUCAAGAAGAACUGAUCCCCGGAUAAAAUUACACAAAAACAAAUAGAAUACUUUUAACCCCCAUGAUAUCCAAAGAAGUGAUGUGGUUUCAUAUCCCUUAAAAUCAGUGCAAAGGGGUCAAGUGUGGGAACUUUCAAAUGAAAACCAAAAAGCACUAUAAUUAGGCUACAGAGUCGAUUUUCCCUUGGCAUACAAAGUAAAAUUUGUAGUAGCUAUUUUCUAAUCUUUUUUAUAAGUUUCUUAAAUCACAGUUGGGAAUUACGAUAUUCGCUUCGGAAUUUCUAAAGUAAGACUGCAUCGUGUCAAAGAAUCUGCAGUGAAAAUUAAAAAUUUUUAAUGAAACUUUUCUUGCCUCUUUAGUUCUCUUUGAAAUAAAACAUCCAAUAUUUAUCCAACUUAAUUUGUUUUUCUUAGGCACAGAAUCUUUCUAAUUUAAAAGAAAAUCACUUGUCCUCCAUGCACCCUACAAAGAGCCAGUGUUAUUCUCCCGUAGAGAACAUUAAAAUUUUAGCUCUUAAAAUAGCACGAUUCGUGGUUUUUGAACGCACGACUCUGGUCUUAAAAUGCAGCAGUUUGUAACAGCUUCCUAAAAACCAAGUUAUUUUACUUGUUGUUUUGUCUACAUACAAAUUAUUUGGGCGUAACACAAAUAAGAAGCAAAAACAAUAUUUUAAAACUAUUUCGUUUGUGCGUGUUUCAAGUUAUUACCAUCAGAUAAAUUUUUUUCGUUAGAAAACGGUGAAAAUGCGGAUAUAACAGUUGCACUGACAAAGUAGGCACAAAUUUUCAUUUUUAUUACCUCGUGGGUCUUGUUAAAAGGCUUAUAUGAGGAAUUUCAUCCAGUUCUUUCUUGUUUUGCCCUACACAGCAUGGGAUUAUUGACGGAGAUAAUACUUGAAGACACGUGUUGUUGAUAGUUUAUCGAAUAUUCCAUCACUGAUGAAUUCUAGCUUGUAAAUAUCACCAUGAGACACUUAAUACAGUUAACGAGCAGCCCAAAAUGAUGUGAUCAAGUAACCGAGAAAUCUUGGUUCUUUUCGCAAUCUUUUCGCCUUUCGUUGCCCUUAAGAUUUUAAAUACCCGUGAAAAUGACAGAGUGCAUAAAAAAUGCGCUUCAGGUUUCUUGGAUGGGCUGCUUAACUAAGAAACGGAGAGAAGUACUUACUUUAACAAUUAUAAGUACCAAGAAAAGUAAAGCAGAUUAACUUUGAUAUUGAAAGGCCUUGUUUUACAUCUAAAAAUGGCUCUAAAUCGUGAAAUGAUGGCGGAAACAGCUUCCAAAUACACCUGAAAAGAUUCGUUUAUUUGCACCUUUAAAGAUCGUCGCACAAUCUUAAGAAUACUCUCUGAGGUGGUGACGUUUAAAGAUUUCGAAAGCAUUGUCUUUUUUCAGGUAUCGGUUCAUCUUUGAGAUUUUGGUAACUAUUGGGGUUUUCUGUGAAAAUCUGAGGAUGUUUUGUGGUUUUGUUCGGAAAACGCUGAAUAAUUUUACUGGCGACAUGUUUGCAUAGACACUUUAAGAAUAUCUUCAGCAAGUGUUAUUUGAAGUUCAUCUCGACAAUCUUCUCACAAUUGAUCGAUGCCUUCAUUCUUUUGAAGUCGAUUUUAACACAAUUCAACUCUCCUUUGCUUCUUUGGAAAUCUCGUUAGCGAUUCUCAACCAAACAAGUUUUCUUCAUCACCUGAAAAAGACUUAGCGUUGUAUGCAGUCGAAACGUCGCGAUUCACAUUGAAAAUGACUGCAUCGUGGGACAUACGAUUACAUACUUACCUGUGUCCUUUUUUUCCACAGCGUACCGGUGCAAGGCGGCCAGGCCAUUCCAUUGUACCUGGAAGCCAUCUUGGUUAUGCUUAGCAGUCUAUCCACAGCCUUACAACAGGAAAAAGAGUUUAUAAACGUUAUCUGGUGAGUUCAUAAAUACUUAAAGCUGACAAAUGGACAGUCUUUUCCUACCUUAUUUCAAAAAUUUUCCCUUCGAAAUUUAGAUCACAGGAUCAUGGCCAUAUUCACAGGAACCUAGCAAGUAGUAAGGAUGAUUGACAAUUGCAAGGGAAAAGGGAUUGGAUAUCCACUAAAAUUCCGAAGCACAAAUUCUCUCGAGUGAAGUACUACCUCAUGCAUGGAUAGCAUCUUUUUCCUGAUUGCUAUACGUCCUACAUGACUUAAGUCUCACACAUUUUUUCUUCACGUUUCAGGCAACUCCUAUGCCCCGCCCUGAUUCAGUUGUUGGGGAGCCCUCUUACCGACCUGAACAAACGACCAAAAACUGUGACUCCUUUCCCUGAGGAAAUCAACCGAGGAGGGCGUGGAACGGGGAACUUUGCCAAGUCGUCGUCGGUUGUGGGACCCAUACCAAGGACCAUUUACAACAUAGCCACAGAGCUCCUACGCCUUGUGGGUCCUUUAGCCGCCAUGAGGCCUGUGUUGGAGUCGCUGUUUCAUCGCAUCAUUCUGUAUCCUCCAGCUCAGCAGAGAGCAGAGGCACUGAAAGCAUUGAAGGAGGUAAAGUGAAUUAGUUUGUGAGAUCAUACCUGGCUAUUAUGGCAAAGUUGACAAUUUAAGAAGAGGACGUACGUCAUAUGUGUGCCGCCUCGAGCAUGCGGGCUAUUAAGUGAAGAUUGGUUUUGCGUUAACCCUAAUGGAACAGACUCUUCCUAAAAAAAAUCCUCGUUCCUUUAACCCUUUAACUCCCAUAAGUUGGUCAUAAGUGACCAAGACAGAAUUUCUCCUUACAAUAUCAAUGAAAUAUCAAGCAGACAGGUGAUGAGAGUGUAGAAAAAAAUCUGUUAGGGGAUUAAAAGCUGAUUCAAUACCAAAUUCUUCAACCUAAUAUCACAAGAACUGUAUGGCAGACAAUAAGGAGAAUUACUAAUGAGAUCUUGGGGGUUAAAGAGUUAAUUAAUUUUUCCUCUUUCUCAUAUCAAUUCGCAUCAUGUCCUUGAGAUGAAGAAGCCGCAAAGGUUCUUGGCUCCUGUUAGUCACAAGUGUGAUAAGUCUCAAAGCGCGAGCGGCACAUAAUUUAUUCAGUCUCGAGACGAACCACUCUCCCUCUACCAUUCCCCUCUUAGUUCACUUGCGCGUAGCAAAUGUGAAGGUACUACGGAAUUUUUGAAUAUCAAAUCUAAUUUCCUUUUCAUCUCCAGUUCCUUUCCAGUCCUCAACGGCUGCUGGAUGCCGCUGGUCCAACGAUUAUCGACAAAGACAAUCCCCCGUCACCAGACUCACCGACUGAGCAGAAGAAAACGGAACUGGAUUUGCUGCGACUGUAAGUGUUUGAUAGAGCAAUUUCUGAUUAUUCCAAAGAACAAUGUUUCAUUUGAGAUCAGAGAUUGAAAACAAACGUUAACGUUUAAAAUCCAAAUUCUAAUUUGGGCAUGGAAAAAAAGUGGACCAACAGCUACUUCUUACGGGUGCCACUGCUAAAUGUCAAUUUAUUUGGUUUUUUUAGCAUCAUUACUGUUAACACUGAGGGAAAUUUUGUGCAGCUAUAGCUUUCGAGCUUCAAAUGAUAAAGGGAAACAAGCAGAUGGUCGUUGUCUUUAACGGUUGAGGCAAUCUAAUUUAUGCACUCGAACAAUCCAUGCUAAGCCUCUUGUGACAAAUCAGUACAUUCAUGGACUAAAUUAGCCGUUUUACCGUGACACGUAAAUUGGCUCUUUAUUCACUCUCUCCAGGGUGAAUGAAAUUGGGAAUGAUAGUUUAUUUAUGAUUACUAAGAAAGGUUAACUUCUUUCAAAGAAAACGCUAAGCAAUGUAUUCAAUUUUUUCUUAGUUUAAUGGAUGGCAUUGUGGAAUCCGCUCGCUGCACCGACAGUACAGUGGCCAGCUGUAGUGUAGCAUGCGUGGUAGCGUUGCUGGGGUCCUUAGAGGACUUGAGUCAAGGACGAGGCUUGAGUGACGAACACAUUGAAUUUUUAAGUAAAAUGAAAGAAACUGAUAAUUGGGAGUUACUCAAGGAGCAAUACGAUAAUGCCGCUUCUGCACGGGAAACAGGAAAUUCUCUUAAUGGAAAAGUAAAUGGAGAAAGGAGUGCCUAUAGACGUGGUAACCGAUGGGAAAUUAAUUCCCAGAGAUCUCCGGACGGGGAUAUCGAAUCUCUAACCGAGCGGUUUGAGGAAAACGGAGGGGCCUGGGACAGCCUUACGGAUGGAGAACUCAGGAAUGAUGGUGAGCCACUUGAGAGGUUUUUUUUUUCUAAUUUCAGGACAUUUCUUUACAUUUCGGCCGAGAUAUUCGAAAAAAUGGCUAGGUUUAUCCAGGGUUAGCGUAAUCAUUGAUGUUCAACAAUUUAAAAUUUAAAUCAAACCAAAGUUGAGAAACACGAAUUCGCAUCCUGUUCGAAGGAAAACCAAUGAAAACGGUUCUGCUCGAACAUUACAUCCUGUUCGAAAGAAAACCGAAGGAAACAAUUCUAAAUGCGGUAGUCUGGUCUCUUUCAUGUAUUUGGGAGCUCGAUCAGUAGUCUCCUUGACAGCCGUUGUUUGGUCUCGACACAAUCGAAAACGAUUUGCGAGACGAUGUGUAUGACAACGGCUGUGGAGGAGAAUGAGGUUGGAGGAGGUGCCACUGAUAGGAUGUCAUACACAGCACGCUCAUGUAUGAUUUCAUCUCUAAUCUGAGGGCAGCUGAAGACGUAAAAUAUUACAUGUUAACAAAUAAGCUUAAAUUUCCUAAGUUUCAGAUGAAGAACCUGAAAUCAGACCCCUUACUCCUAAGAGCGUCCACUUCGCCUCCGAAGACGAAAUCGCCAUGUUUGAAACACACGAAUUCGAGAAUAUCAAAAACUCACGGUUUAGUAAUGCAUCGCGAUCAGGGAUUCCUCGUAAGAGCAGCCUCCCUAAAAGAGUUGGUUCCAGUCCCCAAGGUAACAUGCGCACAAUUGUGAAACGAUCCUCAUCUUUUGAUAGUAAAACGCGACAGAAACCGACCGUGCAAAAACGAACCAUGAAUGGGCAUGCGCAUCAACGGGAACGCGCUGGUUCCGAUAAUGGCGCACUGCAGGAAAGAAAAACAAACCUUUUGGCAUCAGAUGCGCAAAACAGCUCUAUAAGAGUGGGCAAGUUUGCUUUACGAAGAUGCUUCUCUGACAAUGAAAUUUCAGUUAGUAAGAGUUCCACUUCUAAUUUACAGCGGUUUCCCUUGAGAAAAUCAAAUUCUUGGGCGGCGCUUACUACUGACAACUUUGAAAUUUCUUCAGCUGAUAAUGAGAAAAGGAAAAGCAGUCAACAAAAACGUAACAUUAGAGGUGGGAUACCGAGGCCACGCACGCAGUCUUCCAGUGAUUCGUCAUUCAAUGCUAAGCCCGGCCUAAGGCGUUUAUCAAAUGAUGGGAAAACAGUCGAGCCAAUGAACAAAAAACCCUUGGAACAAACAUCACCGACACACAGAAAAUAUGUUGAAUCCAAAGCAAAUAAAAUAGAAGCAAGAGAAAAGGCUUUGAGGGAGGAGAGAGAAAGAGAAAAAGACCGAUCGCCAACAAAAGGCUCUCGGCCGACACUUCGGAGAACGCGUUCGACUUCGGAAUACGAUCGUAGACUACAGAAUGGCAACGGUGAUAAGCCGAAGGGAAUUCUACUGAAAAGCCAGAGUAUAGACGAACCUAAUCCGUCGACCACUAACACGCUCAAGAAAAAUUCAUCACAAGGCGUAAAAAUCAACGGUGUUUAUGUUAAGAAAGGAAACGAAAACUCCUCGUCGGUCAAGUCACCGGAUAAAAAGAAAGUAAGAGAUGUCAAGAAGAGUGUUGAGGAAAACGAGAAAGAAGGUGCACGGAACUUCGCUCGUUGUUUGCUUGGCAUUCUUCCAUCUGUGUUAGGUCUGUCUGAUCCAGUAGCUGUUGACGAGGCCUUGCAGCAAUUCGCUUCCGAUGUCUGCGAAGCGGUUACCUGCAUGGCACUCAAGCGAAAGAACGUUCCAAACUUCGGUACACUUCGUGGACGAUCGGAUUUGGUCGAUGAAAAGUCGGGAGAAGGAGCGACUUCGGAUCCUAGUUUUCCUAUUCUUAACGCAGAUGGUGUUUAUGUUACCGUAUACGCUACGUUGACACUGAAUUUAAAACUGUUAAAGAGUGGUUACUAUCAGAAGAAGCAACCAACGCCAGGAUUAGCACAGGUAAGAAAGAAAACAGCCAUAUUCUUAAUGCUUGCAGGAUUCCUUCAGUUUCAGGGUUCCAUGAAAAAUAAUCGUCAGAAACAGCUUUCACGUUGACAAGAAAGAGUUACAUUUUGAGGAAUAAAUCUGUGAAAUUCCAUAAUGUCUUCUUCGAGACGUGGGAAAUUUACGCAAAUCUAUAGAACCAUCAACUUGAUCUAAUUGUUAGGAUUUUGAAAGCAUCGCUUAAGAAGAUAGCUGUGAAGGACACAAAGAAAGAUAAAUUCAAAGUAAAUGUGCUUGUAUAGGCACAAAGGGAGCCAUUUAAUGCUACCUCCUCACUCUCCCCCCCCCACCCCUCUCUCUGGUGAUUAACCAAAUAUGGCUCAAACAACAAAGGGGGGGGGGUUCAAGAGACCGAGGGAUGAACGAUGAACGAGGGAUUCAAAAUACUAGAGGAUUUUGUCUUCGUCCGUGUGCGUGGCCAAGGUGCAAGACAAGACAGAGGGAAGUUCGUUUAGUUCAGGAAUUUCUGUUUGUCUCGGUGAACCAAUCAAGUACCACAACUACUCAAUGAGCUAAUUCUUGCAAUUUUCUCUUGACAUUUAAGGACGACUUCAUCGAUAAUAUUCUGAACAGCGGCAUGCCUAUCGGUCUCUCCUCGGUCUGGCUGGCUGAGCUGUACCGCCUGGUUACCACCUAUAACAUAUUAGGAAAAGCCGGUUUCACACUGGAUUCACCGGAUGGCAACCGUGCUUUGAUCAACACGCUAAAUGACAACAUGUUGUCUGACGAGGAAGACAGUCCCUUCCUUCACCACAAGACCCCAAGCACCCUGCCGCCUGCCAAGAGAGAAGGGAUGAAAUUUGCUCGGAGACUGCUGCUGGCUACGUGGGACUCAGUGUUGGAGAUUCUGUCGGCACCUUUAGAGACUUCCACCUCAGGUUUGUGACCUGCAUCCUUCCAUUAUCAAUUAAUUAAUCAAAUCGAAUCAGUUUAUUAAUUAAUAUCAUGACGUGGGACAAAGUUGCCCUUACAUCCAAGCCAGAGGGUCAUGUAUAACACGCACGACCUUUCACGUUUAAAAGAAAAACACUUUCCUAGACACAAGUUGUAGUUGAUAAUUUGGAGGUGUUGAGGUGCGAGUUACGAAGCUCACAUUCAAAGCCCGUGUACUGUGCCAGUUUUUUUUCCUCAAACCUCUUUCCCAGUGGCAAAGAGAUAUAGCUAUAUUCCAGUGACAGUAUUCUAUAUGGUCCUUCCACAGUGGUAAACAAGGAAAACUGAACUUCUAUUCAACCACAGUAGUGAUGAUUUGAUAUUGAAAGUCGUUAUUGCUGUCAUUGUGUUUGGGGCAUUACUUAAUAACGUUGAAUAAGAAACUAAAACCUUUCUUGAAGGAUUCAAACUGAUCGAUUUCAGUCUAUUCUUUGAGAAAGAGUGAUAUAAGUAGUGAAUAAUAAAUGAUGCUGUCAUGGAAACAGAGUAAAGCGUCAGUUUACCAAGCCACUACAAAUGCAAAUAUACAAAUGUACAACCUUUCCGUGUUAAAAUCGUAGGUACUGCAAAUAGCGUUGCCGCAAUGCUUGGAGGUGAAUCCAAGAGGGAUCUAAAUCGUGAGAGGGACACCAUCUGCCUCAGCCUGGAUGGCCUGCGCCGAGCAGCACGUCUGUGCUGCACGCUGGGAAUCCAAACUCGUUGUGAACUGGUUCUAGCCCAGUUAGCAAAUGCCUCUUGUGGAGGAGAGGGUCUGGAAGCAAAAAGAACAAGGUCACAUUCUUCACCAGGAACUAUCAAGCUACACGCCGCGCAUGUCUUAAGUAUGGAUGGACUGCUGGCUGUUGGAGUAGAACUGGGCAGUCAUGCGCCAAAGUGUUGGAAACACGUGUUCAGGUACUUGAAAACACUUUGAGAAACUCUCACAAUGCUUUAAUCCUUUUGCAAGGUGUUUCUGGAAACGUUUACAAUUUAAGACCAACACUAGCACAUACCCUUUCAAUUUUUGUUCCAAUAGUUUAUUUUUGACAACGCAGAUAACAUCUGUCAUUAGCAAUGGAUGAUUAUUGCACAUAAACAAAUAGAAUUAACCACAGCUUUGUUUCUAUAGAUGCUGUACGUACAUAUCGCAACUGGAACGCAUGCAUUUCAGUAACGGCAUUGGAGACUUUUCGUCACACACAAUUCCGCCGAACUCUCUCCGAAUAAACCCCGACAUACCCUCGCCCAUGUCAGAAUCUUCAAGCAUUUCAGACUACCUCUCUGGAGAACUCUCUCCGAAUGGUUCUAGUGUAAUUCCACAAAGUUCCGAAAACGGUUCGGAACACGCACCCUCCAACGGCGGACUGCUAACUCCCGCGGACGCCUCCCGCGCCAUUUAUGCUCUCUCAGCCGCGGUAGAUCGUCUUUUUGAGCACGCUGCCAAUACGUUGCACCUAGAAGGGCUUUUGUCUUUCCUAGAAGCUUUGGUCUCUGCUUCCAAGACUCAGCUGUUUGGUUCAGUGGUGGAAAAAAGUUCAAAUUCACCCGGAGGGGGAGCACCCGUUGCUUCGAAUGGCCAAUCGCCAUCUUUGAGCACAACUCUUCAUCUGUAUCGACUGGCGGAUGUGAUACUCAGGAGCGCCCGCAAUACUAGCAGACCACUGUUGCAUCUCAUGAGAGCAUGGGCGGUGAUAGCACCCCAUUUUGAGGAGGUUAGUGCGCAAAAAUAGGAGAAUGGCCGAAUGACCACUAGAUUUGUUGUUGUUGUUGUUUUUUUUGUUUUUUGCCUAGUAUUGCCUAAUAUUUCAAACACUAUGUAUGCUUGGAAAGGGGGGACGAGUGGAAGAAAGCGUAGUUUUGCUGUCGCGACGAAACAAAUUACUCUCUUUACCACGAAAAUAUAGUAUUGCAUAUAGCCUACUUCUUUGUGAAUAACAUGGUGUGCAUGUAUCAAUUUGGUUACGUACUGCUCUUUAAUUAUUAAGAAAAUGAUAUCAUUUCUCAAAAACGUCCCAUUUGUAACACUCAAGAUACUGAAGCAAGCCACUCGUCAGGAUGUAGAAGGUUAAGUUUCUAUAAGCUGGACUCCGGAUUGUGUUAAUUCUUUAAUAGUAUCUUGGUGAGGUCAUGGUAUUUCCUCUUUAGGUAAGUAUAGCCCGCAUGCGUCUACUGCAAUAGACUAGUAUCCUAUCCGUACCUGCGGGAAGAAUUUUCCUAAGUAUCUUAAUGAUACUAAAACCGCGUCAAGCUCCCUAACGCAACAAAUUUUGGCUUGACUGAAGAUCUGGAUUACUGUGAGCUUCCUUCAGUUUGUCGCUUUACUUUCAUUAUUCAUCUCUACAGGCAGCGACUCACAAGGACAGGCACAUUUCCAAGCUUGCAAUUACGUCUCUUCAUGACAUCAUGACGGAGCUUUUGAGCAACCGCACUGAACUCCCUCAUUUCUGGUUCCACGAGUCCCUUUUGAGACCAUUUGACGGCAUCCUGUCUUCGACGUCAUGCAGUUUAGACGAUCAAGAACAAGUAAGUAUGAUAGAGCAGUUUUUAAUUGAGCAAACAAAAUUAAUUCCGACGAUCAAUCAGAACAACGGUUUACGUUGUCAUUAGCCAAUGAGACUUCAAAGUGAAAACAAGAAAACUGCCUAAGGUGCGGGAAAACGCGAAUGAAAAAGUCGGGAUUGUUUUAAGAUUUGCUUCUGAUUGGUUGCGAGAAUGGCGUGAAUUUUUUUGAUCAGUCACAGAGCAAAGUUGAGUAAAACUAAAGCUAUGCCGGGUUGCUCUCGAUACUUAAUUGAAAAUUGCUCUUACUUGUGUAAUGGUUACAUUAUUUUUGCUCUAAACAGAUGCAUAAACCACAGUUUCUCGACUUUAAAUCCAAGUAUCUAAAGAAUUUUUAUAUUCUCACCAGAUAUUAGCAACCCUUUCUCAACUAGUGGAAACUCAUAUGACCAGCAUCAAGUCUGGCUGGAGGCCAAUAUUUUCUUCCUUGAGAAAGAUGCCAGAAGUUUCUUGUAAGGCUUCGAACGACUCAGACCCAGAACGCAAGCAUCAUCAAAUCCUUGACAUUCUCUCGGCUUUCUUAACAAACAAGAACUCGUCGGUGUUCGCAUCCGCUGCCGUGCAGUGUAUCCAAAUACUUCUCCUCCUCGUACGUGGUUCUGAAGCCGAUGGCAACUAUGAAGGUGGUCGAAGUGAUUCCGAUAACAACGGGAAGAGUGACUCAGAGAUAGUCAACGAGAUGUGUCCUCCAGCUUUGGAAUUCCUGCUGAACAUGUCAAAGAAGUUGGCUUCCAUUUAUAUCAUGCCUUCAAGUUUAGUCUUCCAUGGAUCACACGCAAUUCGUUUGGUGGAAUAUUCUUCGGAAUUUCCAGGCACUCCCAGUCCUUCUCUAAGUCCUAUAAAACAAAACGAUUCUAACAACCGGAAAGAGAAGAAUCCAAUCCCAACUAUGACGUCGGCAGCUUCAAUUGCUUCAAUCGACGACACUGGAGUUCUACGCGUUUGGUUCCUAUUAUUAGAGGGGCUCACUAAGGUAGUCGCUCAAUGCCCCUGUAAAUUUCAGCCCCAAACUUUAGAAGUCUUGUUUGAUAUUUUGCGCUCGAUCACCACAGUACCAGGCCCUCACUUCUCUAUCUAUGUAGUCACGAAUCUCCUACUCCCAGUGCUUGAGUCCUGGGUUGAGCGAGGAAACAGGGAUGGAAGCUAUUGGGAGAAUACAGCGGCAAAUUUCAAGCAAGCAUGCGGUCUCGUGACUGAACUUGUGGUGGAGGAACUUGGUCAAUUCUUAAGCGUCCAAGGUAACUUAAUUAAAGUUGUUAUAGCAAACACUGUAGCAAACAAAUUCAGAACACGUGAUGACUUAGGAGAAGAAAAGGGCUCAGUUGGCUAGCUGCACCUUUGUGAAAUUUAACCCGGCACAACCUAACCCUACUUAUAGGACGCAAAUCGAACACCUCGCACGGUGCAGUAAAGAGUUCUCAAAAUGACAGAGACUAAAGGUGUGCUUUAGCUAUCACUUUAAAAGGUGUGAGAAAAAAAUCCAACUAUUUCCCAUCUGCUAAAUUCUAUUUUUCCAAAAUCAAUGCUCUCAUUUCAGCAACCCGAAUUUUCAAAAUCUUACUGUAACCAGCGAAAAUGACCGUUCCAAUAGUCUAUUCAAAUCCAGUAUUGCUUAUGUAUUUUAGGAGCUGCUGAGUGCGUUCCUGGAAUGAUUAAACAAACUUUGGAUCUACUGUUGGAGUGUGUUUCCCAACCUGUGGAAGGAAUUGCCAGGCUUGGGUGUUCUUGUCUCAGGUAAUGUACCUUUAAGAUACCGCUUUUAUUUAUCGGACGAUUUCGCGUUUGAGCUUUUGCAACAAAACUGUACACUUCUUUUGAUUGGUUCAUACCUAUGAUCUAUUGCUGCACUUGGUGUGCCACUUUCUUGUUCUUACCACAAUUUACGUUAUCUGUGAUCUCUUACUGAGCAGACGCAUGGCUUCAUGUCAAGUAAAAUGUUUGAUCGUAUUGUAAAAUACCCAGUACAUUCCUAAUAUGAUCGUGAAAGUAAUAAAGAGCUCUGUUUUUUAAAAUCAAUCAGUUCAUGCCUCUCCACUUGUUAUUCUAUAUAUCGUCGAAUUUUUAGCAGAGGGAAAUUGUCACGAAACUUUUCACCAGGACAAGUCACAAUUACACCAGCCUAAUGUUUCCUUUCUUCUAUGACCUUUCAGGCACCUAUUACUUUCGGGAGGACCAGUCUUUACAGAGGACCUAUGGCUCAUUGUUAGUGAGGGGCUUAGAGAGGCGGUACAUACGACCCUGUCAAACCUGAGGGACAUGGUUGCGUGCUUCCAACCAGGGUCAUUCAGCGUAAAUGGCGACGAGGGAAUGACGGUCAGGGUUGUUGCACGGCGAGAUGUUAUAACAGCAGAUAUGAUUCGACUGCAGCAAGUGGCAGAGCAAGUAAGAUUUAAGAGAGGAAUAAGCUAUGAGGAGCACUACCAUAGCGUACUGAGUGUCGUAAAACUAAAAUCAAAGUAACCGCAGUGGUUUAUCAGAAGAAUGGGAAAUAUCACAAGAAGUCAAUGAGGACUCGAAGUGAAAACAAGUUAACUGCCUCAAGCGCGGGAAAGCGCGAGUGACCAAGUCGCGACUAGUUUUGCUUUUUGAAUCUGAUUGGUUGAAAGGGUAGCGCGUGGUUUCUUAUUCACACACUUAAUAGGGCAAAACCAAUCUUGCAAAUAUUGCGAAUUUCUAUUUGUUCUCACCAAAUCAUUACAGCAGCACGCCAGAUGAAAUUCGCAUCAUCGCCGGGAGACAAGAUAAGUUAUGUCUAACUAUAAUUGAGAAAUAUCGUCUCUGAAAUGAUUCAGGUCUAAAUUCUUGCCAGUUUUUCACUUUUUGUACCGGCCCUCUUUCCCAAGGUGCAGAUCUUCUGAGCAAAAGGAAUCUUCUGAGGAAGAGGGACAUCUACUAAUAAUUGUUGAAAUUUUUUUUCCUCGUUUUAUUUCCUUCGUUAGGUGUUCCUACUGGACAAUCAAGUUGAUAAGUCUGCCAACCAUAAACAGGAAACGCCUAGGCCUGCGAACGAGGAAGAUGAUCAGCGGUCUUAUGUAUUUGUGUUGUCAUCAGUGGAAAAUAAAGAAAAACCUGAGAAUGCAGAUAGGUGAGAGAAUGAACGAUCUUGUUUAAACAAAAUUUUACCUUUAUGGAUGAAACAUACUUUGUAUGUUGCAAUGAUCCUCCGUUAAAUUCUCUUCGUUCAUGGAAACAUUCGAGCUACAAAGCAUUACUCAGUUUGAAUAUAAUGUCUUCACUGUAAAGGAAUCAUGAUUUUUUUUUUAAUAUGCUGUCAGAUUAGAGUUUGAGUUGUCAUGUAAAAGUAACUGUUGUGGCAUUGUACUUUAAUUGUUCCCAGGGUCCCUCUUCGCGGUUUGUUGGUGAGUUUGCUUUCCCAUCAGCUCUUGCUGCAAACUCUUGGUUCCAUUCUCCUCGACAAUGCGGAGAGCGUCAUGGCACAAAGUUCGAACCCAGUCAACCCUCCUGCCUCUCUGGAAGGUUUCAGUAAUGAGAGCUCCGAAGCGAAUCUUCCUGGUCUCCUUUCGUACCUCUCACCGGCUAAUUUAUCAGUGUUAUUUGAUUGCCUCAUGGAGUCUCACACAGUGGCCUACGAGUUCAACGCGCGACCUGGUUUAAGGUCGUUAAUUCAAAAGCUAGCCAAGCUUGACGCGCCCGCAAACCUCCUGCGGCAAUCUACGACAGCAUUCACGUGUUACCUCCACACUCUAUUCCAAAUUUGUAGACACAGUGGAGAGCACUUCUCCAGCUCUCAUAUUAAGCGCAUUCUGACGGGAGACCGGGUCACAAACAACCAGCAGGAUAAAGAAGACGAUGGCAUCAAAGAGGAGGCAGGGAAUAGCCCCGCGCGCCACAAUGACUUGCUCAAGGGAGAUCGCAACGUAGAUUGGAUUGUGAGGCGCUUAAACGAGGCUUGUGAUCAAUUGAGCAGCGUGUAUGUGCGUCUGUACAAUCAGUAUAAGAGCGAAGCUCAAAGCAACAUGUCAUUCGAGGUUGAUCUGGAGAGAAGUAUCUCAUUCUCGUCAACAUCUUCCCCUGCGCAUGCUCGUGAUAUCUCCAGUUGGAGCAAUGGUUAUCCGGAUGAACCGUUGCACUCUCCCCUCGGAAAGUGGAAACUCUCCUCCUCCUCCUCCUCCUCGGAGAAAUUCCCUCGUGAUCCCAAAUCGAAACAUUAUCAACAACUCCUAGAGGAAGACAUCCGCAUGAUAGAACUUGAAAGACAAUUCUUGAAGCGAAAAGAAGACGAACUGCUUCAAGUAAACAUUUGGACAAAUCUGGUUAUAACCAUGCUAGAGCUGCUUCUUAGUUUACCUACGCUGCAGUUCAAAGCCGUUCUACCAGCGGUUUUUCCCGCUGUGACAUGCCUUAUUUCUACCGGCGCCGACACUAAGGUGAAGCAAUUGGUGUGUGAGGUUGUGCGGAGAGUCGGCUCCAUAUACGGCAUCUUAUGAACAUUUACUGACAAUAAGUUAUAUGAAUUUAGGGAGGGGGAUAAAAUCAAUCCUUGCAGUAGCUGUGCGAUAUGAGAUAAUUUUUGAUGGGAGUAUAUAAAGGCCAACGCCACUAAAACACUUGACGCCGGAAAGCUAGUUUUCUCAAAGUACCGUAUUUUUUUUCGCUCGCGAGGCGGACUACACUACACAAACUUAAGUAUCUUAAAGGAGAGCCGUAAAAUUUAUUGUGUUGUAAACGGAAAGCCAAUUAUGUUUGUCAGGCACAAGAAAAUAAGAAAAUAGUUGGCAAUUUAUGUGGAAAGGACCUUCGGUGGAGACUCAUGAAUAGACUAGAGCGAAGGUAAUGUUAGCUGUAAAAUGGCUGAACCAAAUUUAUGUACAUAAAACCAAAUGAAUGAUAGGGAACUCUUCAGACUUGCUCCCAAACAGAAAACCACGCGUUUCGGGAGCAAGAACUGUCAUAUGAGGAAAAAAACUUACAAUUUUCGUGUUAAUUUCUCCAAAUUUUUAUGUUCUAUGAGACAUAAUCCCGUGAAGUGUACUGACUUUCAACACUUUAAGCUGUGCCCGUGACCUAGGAGUUCUGGUCCUAGUAUCUAAUUAGAAAUUUGAAAAAUUUCAAUUUGAAAUUUCAAGAGCUCUUCGCUAGGUUUUUGCGACUUUAUCUUAAGCAGAGAUGUUUCUUUAAAGGGUUAAAGAAGUAGACAAUAUAUAAAUAUGAUUCGUAGAUAACCAGUUUCAAAAAAUAAGGAAGCCCCUUUUGUCUGAUUUUCGUAAAUUUUUCAACGUGGACCAACGGCAAUCAGACAACACAUCUCAAAAAUGUUACAAUGGUAGUUGAUCUUGAGCUGGCAUAGUAAAAGCAGUAGUAAGCAAUAGCUAUAAAGCAAUUGCCUAUUAUGCUUAUUUACUUAAAGCGAUAAGAUCAUGGGUAUUCUUCUUGUUGAAAAAGUGCAUGCGAGAUUGGAUUAUAACCUUAAUUUUGUAUUUAGAUGUGUGUCUGUUUAGUCUUACACAAGGUCAAUGACAAG